AUGGCUAGCAACAGCAAGAAGAGACAACUCGAUAAUGACCAUCACCAAGACCCCAUCAGAAAACAACACCACCACCACCACUCUCCCUCUUCUUCCUCAAUAACCAAGAAGCCCUCUUUCCCAUCUUAUCUUGAAACCCCAAAUAUCCCACCAACAAUCAAGCUCCUUUGUGAAAUCAUAGCUAACACACCUUCUCAAAAUGUAGAAUCAGUCCUUGAUGCCACUGUUAUACGUGUUAAACAAACUGAUGUAGAACAAGUUCUUAAAUUGUCUUAUUCUUCCCCUGGCUCAGCUGUCAAGUUCUUCAGAUGGGCCGGUUUGCAACUUAAUGACAAACAUAGUCCAUAUUCUUGGAAUCUUGUCGUUGAUCUUUUAGGUAAGAAUUCUAUGUUUGAUGCUAUGUGGGGUGCUAUUAAGUCUAUGAAAAGAGAAAAUUUGGUUUCUUUAGCUACUUUUGCUUCAGUUUUUAGCAGUUAUGUUAUUGUUGAUAGAGUUAAGGAAGCUAUUAUGACUUUUGAAGUUAUGGAUCAAUAUGGUUGUACAAGAAAUGUUGUUGCUUUGAAUUCUUUGUUAAGUGCUAUUUGUAGAGAUGGUAGAACUUUUGAUGCUUCUGAGUUUUUACAUGUGGCUAAGAUUAGGAUUAGGCCUGAUGCUGAUACGUAUGCGAUUUUAUUAGAAGGGUGGGAGAAGGAAAUGAAUGUGGUUGGUGCGAGAGAAACUUUUGCCGAUAUGGUAAGCAUGAUGGGUUGGGAUCCAAUGAAUGUUCCGGCUUAUGACACAUUUUUGAGUACUUUGCUUAUGGGGCGGGAUGGGUUGCAUGAGGCGAUGAAGUUUCUUGAUAAGAUGGAAGAUAGGGGGUGUUUUCCUGGGGUGAAGUUUUUUAGACUAGCACUUGAAGAGUGCUUUAAGUGUAAUGAUCUUAGAGCGGCUCGGUUGAUUUGGGAGACAUUAGUGGGGAGGAUUGGGUUUAGGCCUGAUAUUCAGCUGUAUAAUUUGAUGAUUGCUCUACAUUGUUGCAAUAAUCAAACUGAUAUAGCGAACAAGAUUGUUGAUGAGAUGAUUUAUAAUGGAGUGUUCCCUGACUCACAAACAUAUAAUGUGUUGUUCCAAUACUCGAUGAAGUAUAAAAAGUUGAAGGAGGCAUCAUUGGUGUUCAAUGAGAUGAUCAAGAAUGAAUUCAUCCCUAGUAAAGCGAAUUGCAAUGCUGCUAUAAGGGCAUAUAUGGAAUCAAAGGAACCCUACAUGGCAAUUAAGGUGUGGAAGUGCAUGAUGGAGAAUUAUUGUAAAUCAGACUUGGAAGAGGCUGGAAAUACAUUGGUCGCCGAGCUUGGCUAUCAUCAUAUGGUUCCAGAAGCUGUAAAGUAUGCUGAGGUUAUGAUUGAAAAGGGAAUCAAGUUGACAUCUUCCUCAUUGGCAAAGUUGAAACAGAUGCUUAACCAGGAAAGAAAGCCAUAUGUGUAUGAGGAACUUCUGAGAAAGUGGAAAGCUCAUCAGGUAGGAUAA